CAGAGUUGAACAAUGACUAUAGUUGACAAAGCUUCUGAAUCUUCAGACCCCUCAACCUAUCAGAAUCAGCCUGGCAGUUCUGAGGCUGUCUCACCUGGAGACAUGGACGCAGGUUCUGCAAGCUGGGGUGCUGUGUCUUCCUUAAAUGAUGUUUCAAAUCACACACUUUCUUUAGGACCAGUACCUGGUGCUGUAGUUUAUUCAAGUUCAUCUGUACCCGAUAAAUCAAAGCCAUCACCACAAAAGGAUCAAGCUCUAGGUGAUGGCAUUGCUCCUCCACAAAAAGUUCUUUUCCCAUCUGAGAAGAUUUGUCUUAAAUGGCAGCAAACUCAUAGAGUUGGAGCUGGGCUCCAGAAUUUGGGCAAUACCUGUUUUGCCAAUGCAGCAUUGCAGUGUUUAACUUACACACCGCCUCUUGCCAAUUACAUGCUAUCACAUGAACACUCCAAGACAUGUCAUGCAGAAGGAUUUUGUAUGAUGUGUACAAUGCAAGCACAUAUUACCCAGGCACUCAGUAACCCUGGGGAUGUUAUUAAACCGAUGUUUGUCAUUAAUGAGAUGCGACGUAUAGCGAGGCACUUCCGCUUUGGAAACCAAGAAGAUGCCCACGAAUUCCUUCAGUACACUGUUGAUGCUAUGCAAAAAGCAUGCCUGAAUGGCAGCAAUAAAUUAGACAGACACACCCAGGCUACCACACUUGUUUGUCAGAUAUUUGGAGGCUACCUAAGAUCAAGAGUUAAAUGUUUAAAUUGCAAGGGCGUUUCAGAUACUUUUGAUCCAUAUCUUGAUAUAACGUUGGAGAUAAAGGCUGCUCAGAGUGUGAACAAGGCAUUGGAGCAAUUUGUGAAGCCGGAACAGCUUGAUGGAGAAAACUCCUACAAAUGUAGCAAGUGUAAAAAGAUGGUUCCAGCUUCAAAGAGGUUCACUAUACAUAGAUCCUCUAAUGUUCUUACACUUUCUCUCAAACGUUUUGCAAAUUUUACUGGUGGAAAAAUUGCUAAGGAUGUGAAAUAUCCCGAGUAUCUUGAUAUUCGACCAUACAUGUCUCAACCAAAUGGGGAACCAAUUAUUUAUGUUUUGUAUGCAGUACUAGUACACACCGGGUUUAAUUGCCAUGCUGGCCAUUACUUCUGCUACAUAAAAGCUAGCAAUGGCCUCUGGUAUCAAAUGAAUGACUCCAUCGUGUCGACCAGUGAUAUUAGAUCGGUACUCAGUCAACAAGCUUAUGUUCUCUUUUAUAUCAGGUCCCACGAUGUGAAAAAUGGAGGUGAACUUACUCAUUCCACCCACAGCCCUGGCCAAUCUUCUCCCCGACCAGUAAUCAGUCAGCGAGUUGUCAACAACAAACAGGCCACAUCAGGGUUUAUUGGACCACAGCUUCCUUCUCACAUGAUAAAGAACCCACCUCACUUAAAUGGAACCGGACCAUUAAAAGAAACACCGAGCAGUUCCAUCUCUAGUCCUAAUGGGAAUUCUAGUGUCAACAGGGCUGGUCCUGUUAAUGCUUCCACCUCUGUUCAGAACUGGUCAGUUAAUAGGUCCUCAGUUAUUCCAGAACAUCCUAAGAAACAAAAAAUCACCAUCAGUAUUCACAACAAGUUACCUGUUCGCCAAGGUCAGUCGCAGCCUAACCUUCAUAGCAAUUCUUUGGAGAACCCCAACAAGCCUGUUCCCUCUUCUACCAUUACCAAUUCCUCUGCAACGCAGUCUACCUCGAGCACAUCCAUGGCGUCAGUUUCUAGCAAAGCAACAAAGCAAAUUCCCCUGAGUGAGUCCUGUUCCAAGCCGGUGGUGAAUGGCAAGUCUAAGCUGAACUCUAGCGUCCUGGUCCCUUAUGGUGCCGAGUCAUCUGAAGAGUCUGAUGAAGAGGCAAAGGGCCUCAGCAGGGAGAAUGGGCUGGGUACGACGGAGAGCAGGCGCUCCUCUGCUCAGGGUGCUGAAGGUGAAGAGGCCUCUCAGCACGAGUUUCGAGAACCUGUGACUCUAAAUGGUGCUAAUAGUACAGACAGUGACCUGCAGGAAAACGGUCUGCCGUUCGAUGGUGCCAGCUGCCACAUCCAGCCUGCUCUACACUCAGAAAAUCCCUUUUCUAAGGCAAAUGGUUUGCCAGGAAAGUUGAUGCCUGCUCCUUUGCCACCUCUCCCAGAAGACAAAAUCUUAGAGACCUUUAAACUUAACAACAAAGCAAAAUGCUCAACAGACGACAAAAGUACAACGGGAACAGAGGAAAAUCCUACAGGGGAGCCUGAUGCAGAACUGGAGGCUGGCAGCCCCACUCCCGAGUCUCAUGAGAAACUGGAGACAAGUCUCAGCAGCAAAGGAAAGAAGACUUUGCUGCCCUCCGACCCCAGCAGUAAAUCUACCAAAGAAGAAGUCUCUGAAAACAUUUCAGCAAAACCUGAUGAGUCUUUGCCUAGUAUCAACAGUCCUUGUAAUAUGGACAAGAACACUGCUGGGGAUGAUCCACUUUCUAAACUAUGUGAUCCCGGGAAUUUGACAAAUGACCAGAGCAAGCCCUCCGAGGAUGUGAAAGGGACAUUAACGGGGAGUCCGCAGGACUUCUUGGCAUCAGUGGAAACAGCAGGGAGGUUGAGCCCAGCUCCCUCAGCACAUUCAACGGGAGACUGUGAUCACGAACUCUCAGUUUACAUCAGUCGAGACAAAUGCACAGACACAGAGGGCCCUUCGCAAAGCACAGGCGUGUCCACAGAGGAGCUGCCUGCGCCUCAACUAGAUAGUGUUACAGAAAACCAUUCAGAAGGGGGCCCAGAACAAAGUAAUGGGGAGAGAUGUGAAGAAAAUAAGGUAGGACAAAAGGUUCAGGAUCAUUCUCCAGUUAAGGAAAAGAUCAGUGUCCUUAGAAAAGUGGAUCGCGGACAUUAUCGUAACCGAAGAGACCGUUCCUCCAGUGGAGAGCGCGCGAGGGAAAGUCGGAGCAAAACAGAGGACCAUUAUCACAAAAAGCGGCACCCCUACAUCAGAGAGCGGGCCAGGCAGGACCGCUACAGGGUGGAGCACUGCAACGGGGGCCAGCACCACCCCUGCCAUGGGGAGAGGGCCAGCCCUGGCGAGCGCCGCUCCCUGGGCAGGUCCAGCCACCACCACUCCCACUCCCGAAAUCGAUGCGGUUCAGACCAGGAGUGGAGCAGAUACCACCACGUGGAAAGUGAACACUUCUGGGGCCGGGAGAAAUACUACCCAGAUAAAAUGAGAUGGGACAAAUGCAGGUAUUACCACGACAGGUACGCACCAUACACGGCCAGGGAGGUGCGGGAGUGGAAGUCUUUCCACGGCGACCGAGAGUUUGACAAAGCAGCUCAGUACAACAACCGGCCGUACAAGGACUACUACAAAAGCAGAAAGACAUACGAGGUGGUCGCUAAGGAGAAGGAGCGGCACCACUUCAGCAGCCCCCGGGCAGGCCUGCCUCAUGCCCCUCCCUACCCAGACAAGUACUCCCGUGAGAAAAAUGUACUUGUAGCUGGAGACAACUGCGACCUCUCUGAUCGCAUUCACGAACCUGAAGGUGUGAAGUCACGAAAACGGAGAUACGACAGUAUAGAAAAUAAUGGCAGUCAUGUAGAAAAGAAAAUCUGGAGAAGCUUACAAAAGGGCCCCUUAGAAGAGCCGAAAGUGAAGAAGCACAAAAAGUCAAAGAAGAAAAAGAAAUCCAAAGACAAACACCGAGCUCGAGAUUCCAGGCAUCAGCAGGAUUCAGACAUUUCAGUAGCGUACUCUGAUGCUGACCUCCACAGACACAAAAAAAAGAAGAAGAAAAAGAAGAGACACUCAAGGAAAUCAGAGGACUUUGUUAAAGAUUCAGAACUGCACUUAACCAAGGCCGCUAGCUCUGAGACUGUUGACCGUUUCCGGAGAGCUGACGGUGGCUUUCCCCUCACCGAUGGCCUGCCUCUGGAAGGUGUUGGGCCUUUCCGUGAUAAAACAAAACAUUUAAGGAUGGAAAGCAGGGAUGACAGGUGUCAUCUGUUUGAAUGUGGCCAGGGUGACUGAAAACUUGGCCUCAAAACAAAAAAUUCACUAGUUACGAUUCAACGUGUUCAACAGAAGCCAUCCCCAACCCAGCUUAAAUUAUAAAUAUAGAAAAUAACUUUGUUCAAAUCUGCGUGGUGCUUCUUUAGUAAAUACUGUACAGAUUUUACCAUGGAGAACUUUUUUUUUAGUUUUUACCUUUUCUUAAUUGCCCUUCUUCCAAAUGGAUGAACACUUUCUACAACUGCUGACCAUUGUAAAAUACCGUGUAUAUAAAUCACAUUGAAAAUAACGCCCUGGACUAGAACAUCUCAAAUGCUGCUUAAUCACAGACUCAGGUUGAUCACUCGUAUUCCAUGUAAUGCUCCUCCAAGUUAGACAUCCGGUGCAAGACCAACCGGGAAACCAUGGAAUUAUUAAAAGUACAAACUGACAGUGUGUAUAUUUAAUUUAAAGACUUAUUUAAAGAUUCACAAGCUCUCAACUAGACUUGAGAGCAGUCUGUUUUCUGUAAUGUCUGAUACUAGAAACUAAUUUGCUUCAUAUUUUAGUUGUAUUCAAGAUUUGAAGAUGUAUUUUAUAGACAAGUUCUGUUUUUGAACUUUGUGGAACUAUUCCAAUCAAUUUACCAGUUAUGAUGAGUAUUUACAUUAUGAAUGUAUAAUCCAAACAUUAUUUGUAAAGCCUACAGUAUGUUUUUAUUACAUAACACUUUUUUAUACAGUGUCUCUUGUCUUGACUAUGAUAUUGGAGUCUGAGUUGUCAGCUUGGUCCCUUAAAGUUUCUAGUUACAGACAAAAUCAUACUGUGAUUUUAUUUUUAAUAUGGAUAUGCUAUCAAACUGUGAUACACUUAUAAUUCACUGGUCCUGCAUCAGGAGAUGGAGUGGGGAAAACUGUAUUUAAUACAGUUUGUAUCUGAAUAAUCUGUAUGGUUUAUACAGUUUGUGUUGUUCAGAGAUGUCUAAAGUUUGAUCUUUGUUUUUUUAAAGAUUAAAAAAGCACUUGCCCCACUGUAAAUAUACAGCAUGU